AUGCCUCGACAUGAGGAGGCCAGUGAUGAAAGUCGCUCUAAUAGGUCUUUCUCUCCUGCACCUCAGAUCCCCCCUAUACAAGAUUUACCUCCUCCACGAAGCCGCUCAAACCCACCAGCCGAGAUACCACUUGACUCUGCGGAAGAAGUAAUAGUAGUUCAAAAUCGUGUUGGUGGUUUGCGAAGGAGGCCUAGCAACACGCCUCGCAGGUACUCACAAACAGAUCUUGAGCGGCCUACUAUUUUUGAGCAGUCUUCACGACGACGCCUUCGCGCUAGCAGUGAUUUGGGCCGCGAUGAGGAACUACAUUUGGAUCAUCCAAAUCAUCCAGAUUCUAACGGUAGAGCUCGCCCACCACGAGCCCAUCGUAACGGAGAUGGGUGGGAACGAAAGCCCGGAUCAGUACGUAAGUCCCGUUUCGAAGAUACUAGACUAGAUCUAGAGCGCGGACCUGACCAAUGGAAUCAUCGGAGAACCUACAGCAUAGACGAUGGAAGCAUGGAAACUUACAACAAUGAUCGAAUUAAUUUCAAAGAAUUAUCAGCCGAAGAAAGAGCAGCAGCCUUACGCCUACCGUGGACUCAGUGGAUGAAUAGUAGUAUCAAAAAUCACUUCGUGGCGACGUUGGGUGAAUUUCUUGGGACGACAAUGUUCUUAUUUUUCGGGUUUGCAGGCGCACAAGUAGCCAAUUUUAAACCACCAACUACGAGUACAGACGCCACUGAACAGCCCAGCUUUGAUAUAACAGUUUAUCUCUAUAUAUCUAUGAUAUUCGGGUUUUCACUAAUGGUUAAUGUCUGGAUCUUUUAUCGCAUUUCCGGCGCACUUUUUAACCCAGCAGUGACGUUGGCGAUGACUCUCGUCGGUGCCAUUCCUGUCGUAAGAGCAGUCUUGUUCCCUACCCCGCUAAACGUUCGUACAUCCCUAUCGCAUGGGGUGAGUUUGGUUCAGGGUUUGUUCAUUGAGGCUAUCCUAACUGCCGAAUUGGUUUUUACCAUAUUUAUGCUUGCAAACGAAAAACACCGUGCCACUUUUUUAGCGCCAAUAGGAAUAGGACUUGCUCUUUUUAUUGCUCAGCUGGUCGGCGUCUUUUAUACAGGUGGCUCGCUCAACCCGGCUCGAAGUUUGGGACCAUGCGUGGUGACAGGUACAUUUGAAAGUGAGCACUGGAUCUACUGGGUGGGUCCAUUUAUGGGUGCUCUAAUAGCUGUUGCAUUCUAUAAAUUCAUUAAGCUUUUAGAAUACGAGAUGGCCAAUCCUGGCCAAGAUGGUGAUGAUACGAACGACCCUACGAAGAAUGCAAAUAAAAUGGAAGAACUUCGUCGAAGAAGAGAAGGAAGGUAA